AUGCCUCCUGCGAAAGGAUCCAAGGCUACUGGCGCAGCUAAGAACGCCCCCGCCGAGACCGCGCGCCCAGCGGCCACCCAGGCAAAGGCUGGUGGCGAUAAGACCGCUCCCCCACGCGCCCCAACCGGCACGCGCAACGCCGCGGCGCCGCCACCCAGCGGUGGGAAGGCCCCGAAGGGCGCCAAGGCGUGA